AUGACUAAAAGCUAUGCAUUACGUGAACGUUUAAUUCAUAUUCACCUAAAUGCUCGAUGGAAACCAAACGGUGUCACUGUAGCUGGAGGAAAUGGUAAAGGCACUGGAAUCAAUCAACUCUCGAUGCCAUCGGGUUUAUAUGUUGAUGAUGAACAAACGAUCUAUGUGGCUGAUAGAGAGAAUCAUCGUAUUGUGGAAUGGAAACCAGGCGCGACGAGUGGCCAAGUAGUUGCUGGUGGAAAUGGAGCGGGAAGUAAUGCAAAUCAAUUAUAUCAACCAUUUGAUGUGAUCGUCGACAAAGAAAGCGAUAGCCUCAUUAUCUGCGACCAAGGCAAUAAAAGAGUGGUUCGAUGGCCUCGUCGAAAUGGAAUAAGUGGAGAAACCAUCAUCUCCAACAUUUUUUGUAGAGGUUUGACAAUGGACGACGAUGGAUCUCUCUAUAUCAUUGACAAUGGAAACUAUGAAGUAAGACGUUAUCGAAGAGGAGAAUCUAAAGGAACCCUGGUUGCAGGCGGUCAUGGAAUUAGACAUGAUCCCGGUCAACUCUUUGAACCACAAUACAUUGCCGUCGAUAAAGAUCAUGCAGUGUAUGUCUCUGAGCACGGACAAUCACGUGUGACGAAAUGGGUGAAAGGUGUUGAAGGACGCAUUAUCGUGGCUGGUGGCAAUGGAAAAGGACCUGAGCUUACACGCAUGAUUGUACGAUCAUAUAAAUUUUCAACAUAA